AUGUACGACCCAGCGCGCGACUGCUACCAGGCCGAAGGAGAGUCAGCUGACGCCCGAGACGCCGCGGAAAUCGCAGGCGGUGAAUUUCUUGCUGACUCAGCAACCCCCGAGACCAAGUCCGACUCCACCAAAUCCGACGGAAACGAUCCCAAGCAAGAAACGUCGGAAACAAAACGACCAGCAUACAAUUACCUGCCAAAAAUCGCCCGCAAGGAAACCACCUCGGGGUCACGUGACGCGGCCUCUGCCAAGCCGCAGCUCAAACGACGGGAGCGCGAGGAUGUGAGAGUGGCUGGCGAUCGGGUUGCUCCUCGGGCCGACAUGGGCAGCUAUGUGGACUACAGUGAGAAGGAGUCACGUGAGCGGCAGGAUCGGGAUCGAGAUUCACGUGACCAUAGAGACCGAGACAGAGACCGAGACCGAGGCCGGGACAGGUACGAUUCUCGCGACAGAGACAGAUAUGAUUCCAGAGACAGGCCCCGCGAUUACGACUCGCGCGACAGAGACAGAGACAGAGACAGAGACAGGUACGACGACCGGGUACGUGACUACGACUCACGUGAGAGAGACAGGUACGACGACCGGGCACGUGACUACGACCGCGGUAGCCGUGACAGCCGUGAUUACCGUGACAGACAUGACCGAGAGCGAGAGAGAUAUGAUUCGGGCAAUUCGCGUGAGACCCGAGAUGUCCGGGAGUCACGUGAGCGGUCGCUAUCACCCACUCGCGAGCCAAAGCCGCACGAUCCCGCUGCCCCUGCUCCCAGUAAGCAGAAGCGGCCUUCGCAGCGAGGAGGACGGGAGGCUGCUGCUGCGCGAGCUGCUCAAUAUCGUGCAGAGAUGGAGAAGCGGGAGGCACGAGCGCAGGCUGCUGCUCAGCAAGGGGAUCAGGUGGGCGACUCUCUGGUUCGAAACCAUUACAACCAGGCUCCUGAGCGAGGUGUUGUUGCUCGUCAGUCUUCGCCUAUUAUCAAGCUGCGAAACUUCAACAACUUCAUCAAGUCUGUUUUGAUUCAGAAGCAGUCGCUUGGGUUUGGAAUGCGUGUCAUUGACAUGGGAUGUGGUAAGGGAGGAGAUUUGAACAAGUGGAGCAGACAGCGGGUUCGCGAUUACAUUGGAGUCGAUAUUGCCGAUGUGUCUGUGCAGCAGGCGUCGGAGCGGUAUCAUAACAUGCAGCCUCGGCCUCGGUUCUAUGCCGAGUUUCAUGUUGCUGAUGCUUUUGGAACCCCUCUUAUUGACAUUAUCAAUCCUCGAGCGUUUCCAGUCGACUGCAUUUCCUCCCAGUUCGCCAUGCACUAUGCCUUUGCUACUGAGGAGCUGGCUCGAAGCAUGUUGACCAACGUGUCCAACUCACUUUGCCGAGACGGCGUAUUUCUGGGCACCAUUCCCAACUCCGACAAGAUUCUGGAGGGAAUUGCGGGUGGUCUGAAGGAGAGUGAGCCGAAGGAGGGAGAGGAGCGAUACGGCUACUUUGGAAACUCUGUCUACAAGGUGGAAUUCAACACUCCUCCCACCAAGGACCAGGCCUUCCGACCUCCGUUUGGACACAAGUACACCUUUUACCUGCAGGACGCUAUCAACAAUGUCCCCGAGUACGUUGUUCCGUUUGAGGUGUUUCGUGCCCUGGCUUCCGAUUACAAUCUGGAGUUGAUCUACAAGAAGCCAUUUUUGGAAAUGUUUGAUGAGGAGGUGAAGAACGAUCUAAACAUGGCUCGAUUGGCUGAGCGAAUGAAGGUAUUCAAGGAGGAUGGGUCUCUGGGCAUUGACGGAGACCAGCGAGAGGCUUGUGGGUUCUAUCUGGCUUUUGCUUUUCGAAAAUUGGGUGCGUGA